UUGCGUCGGUGUGAGCGGCCGGCGGCGCAGGCGUAGACUCCCUCCGUGGCGAGCGCAGCGCGCGCGCACCACUCGCUUACACGUCUCCGCGUAAAAAUAAAGUCCACGGCGCGGACGCGUACUUCAACCCAUUUAUAAUUAUCAGUAAAUCGCCACGCGAGCGCACGACUACUGCGGCCGGUGACCGCUCGCCUAAAAGAAAAUUAACCUAACCUCAAACCCGUGUUUGACGUCCCCUUCUGGCUGGCCCUUACGCGACCCAGGGAAUAACGCGGACGCCGCGAAGCCCUAUCGACGCCUGACGUGACGCCUCGGUCAGGACCCUCCUACGCACUAUACACCGGUGUCGUGGGACGCGCCGCGAACGCACGUUUGAUUGGACCAUGUGUGUUUUGUGAUAAGGAUUACCUUGUGACAGUGAUAAUAGUGUAACGUAUUCUCUUCAAUAUGCCUGAUAGGCCAAAACGUCGUAAAAACAAUAAAAAUAAACGAAAAAACAAAAACCAGCGACCGGAUCCUAAUAUAAUUAACAGCGAUGUGAAUAAAACUGUGUCCGACACUUGUAGUGAUCAAAAUUCAGCUCAAAGUUCAAGUAGCAACGUUCGAGAAACAAAGUCGAAAAAUGAAUCGAAUCCAAAAGUUUUGUGCAAUGAAACUGAAUCAAGUCAAUGCAUAGAUGAUAUCAUUAGCAAUGAAGUUCCGUGCUCUACUCAGGAUUUAAACAAUAACAGCGACGAAGUGCAAGUCUCUGGUGAAUUAAUACCAAGUAUAGUAUUAGAACAAAAUGGCAAUGAUUCUCAUAUAUUUGAAUCCUAUGUCGUAGAAUCUCCUGAAAAUUCUUUGAAAAGUAAAUGCAAAUUAGAUAAUAAAAUAAAAAGUAAAAGUUUGGAUAAUGAUGACGCUCCUAAAAUUGUAGAACUUUCAGAUGAACCUUCUCAAUCUGAAGACGAAAAUACCUUAGCUAUUAUAGAAAGUAGUAACGUUCUGGUAUCUGAUGUGGAGUCUGAUGUAGAGUGGGAGAAAAUAGAUGAAAUUAAGGAUAAUCAGGUUCCAUCUCUGAAGGAAAUCGCAACUGGAACAUUGUCAGUUGCUACAAUACCUCUAAAUGUAGCUCAAUGUGAUCAAACGAAGGCACUUACUCCAGAAGCAGAGCGAUCACUCAGAAAUUAUCUAAAAACAUUAAACCUUUCAACUAAUCCUACGGAUCCUGGUUCUGUGGAAAUAAAAACUGAAAUCGAGCACAUAAUAAAUCGCGAAAUAAGACACAGACUCAGAAAAAGAGGAUUAGCCGAUGACUUUCUGGGACCUCGACUUGGUCCGCCUCGAAUGUUGGAUGUCAUUGAUGAAGAAGGAAGCGGUGAAUCAUCAGCAUCCUCACGCAGACAAUCACAUUUAAUUGAAAGGAAAAGUGACAUUGAUGAUUUAGAUGAUGAUGUAUUUGUGGAUGACAAAAAAGUGAUAGAUAAAUAUUCUACUAAAUCCAUCACGUUAAGUGCUCAAAGGCAGAUACCACAAAAGUGCAUGUUAGUUGGAGCUAAAAUCAAAGAACCAGCUGUUACUGAAGCACGAGGCGACUGGUCAGUAAAGACUGUCGAAAAGAUGACAGGCGCAGAAAUAGUCUAUUUAACAGACUCGUCUAGCAGCACUAGUUCUAUUCAUGAUUAUGCCGAUGAAACAGACGACGGUAUGGAAACUGAUGUUUCAGUGAGAAUCAUAACACCAACAAUUGAAGUAACAGAUACAGAGAGUCUCCUUAAAAAAUCAUUCAUACCUAAAACCUUAAAGGGAUCUCAUAUAGAUGCAUCUACAAAAAAUGUGACGACUAAUAGUUCAGAAUUGCUUGAAAGUGUUACCGGAAGCUAUGAAAAUAAUUUACUCAAAGAAUGUCAUAUACCCAGUGAGCACGAAAUUGUCGUACUUUCAACAGACAAUAUAAAAACCAAUUUAUAUGUGAAAGAUAUAGAAGAAAAAGACGUAGAUGUUAAGACCGUAUCAAAUGAAAGUAACGUUAAUUCAAAAGUGGCAGUAAACCCACAAAAAGAGUAUGAUAUUGAAAUGAAGGUUUUAAAAUGUGAACUUAAUGACGCAAUUAAUAAUUUAAUAAAAGAAGUUUCAUCAGAUUCUGAAAGUACGCAAGAAAACCAAAAGGAAUCAUAUACACGUCAAGAUUCAUCAAGUAGCGUAGGAUCCUCCCAAUGCACGGCCAAAUAUAACCCGAAUUAUUCGUCCCUUAAUGAUGUUUCUAACAUGCAUGACGAAGAAAUAUGCGAUAACAAUAAGAUCAGUACAGAAAAAAAGCUGACAGCUGAUUCUACAAGUCACGUAAAAGAUGUCUUUGACUAUGUUACAGGCACUCCUUCGCAAACUAAGAGUCGAGACUGUAUCAAGCAACCAUCUGAUUUACGGGAUCUGUGUGUGAAGAGAAUUGCAAGUUUACCAUACGGUGAAAAGAUAUUAGAGGAAUUAGCAUCUGUGUCUAAGCGCCUACAAAACAUAACCAUAUUUAGUUCAAAACCGGAUAAUUUUAAUGAUAUUACUGUUAAGGAGGAAAUAAAUACAGUUACAAAAAUGCCGUAUUAUCCUCUUCCUGAUGUUUCUUCUAUAGAAACGGUAGCCUUGGAAACAAGACAAAAGGAUUCAGUUCCACCUCCUCUUAAGCCUCGCAACUCAUCUCUGAAGAAAGGUCAAGAUGAUCACUGGACUGGCGUGCCUACAAAAACAGAACCUGUUUACGUCUGUUUGUCACCAUCGCAAAAAAUGUUAAUGGAAAAAACAAACACAGUUAUAACUAAGGAAGAUGCAAGUCAGCUCGUAGACAUGCACAAAAAAUAUAUUGACCGUAGAGGUUACAACGAAUAUAAGAAAGCCGAUCGUGAAAAACCCGACAAUCCACCUAUAGUUCCGUUUAAAUCUCAAACUGGAAGUAGAUUACUUGCGCUAAUUCGAGAUCCAAAUGUAACUACCAAUAUAAACACUUCGAUGUCUAAACACUAUAAUCAUAGCCUAGAUCACAUAGAAAAAAGUACUUCAAGGGUCGAAAAAAUGUCAAAGCGAAUACAAGAUCAAUUCAACUCGAUUAAGGAUUUUUCAUCAUCAUUCAAACCUAUUCCACCUCCACGGCCCAGAAAAUAUUCAUCAUCUUUUUAUGAAAGCGAUGAAAGUUCUGAUUUUACAGAUAGUUCUUUCCGUUCCAUGAAGAGUGAAAGAAAGUUUUUCCACUACUCUACAGGCAAUUUAAACAAAGAAAUAGAAAAUGACGUAUCCACAAUACAAAAUAUGCACAGAUACUGUACAAAUUUAAGAGACCAGGCUAUUUCUCAAAACUUAGCUCCACGAAGACCAUCACUGCCAAAAGAUUUAUGUGAUCAACAAAUGGAGUACAUCAGACAGAAAGAAAAAGAAGUAGAAGCUGAAAUUCGACGACUUGAAGAGAUGAAACUAAAUGCAACACCGACGGAAAAACGCAGUCCUAGAGCUCCUCUGAUAUCAGAAAAGGAGGAGAUAAUGGAAGAGAAAUUUACUGACAAAGAUAAUUAUUAUAAACUACAUAAAAAAGAUUUUGUCGUCAGUACGAACACUCCGGCAAAACUGGAGAAAGGAAAAGUUUCAUCCUUAUUUAGUAGUAGCCAAGAAGAAAUUCAACGUGAUAAAAUGUAUUCAGAAUACAUGAACCAAAUGGCCCAAAGACAAGAAAGAAAACAACAAAAAAUUAUAAAGAUUACAAAUUAUCCAGCUACAGAUUCGCAAUUGGUUUCAAAAAGUAUGUCAGCUUUAGAUGCACUUGAGUCUAAAGUUAACAAUCGAAUCGAAAAAGAGUUUAUUUGUAAAGCUAGAGAGCGAUGGGAAAAACUUGGUAUUAAAGAUCCUGAAACAGAGGAUGAGCGAGAGUCAGGAAAAGACGUGUAUACGGAACCAAAAGUGAUUGAGCAUAAGAUAAAAGUCAUUGAGGGAAAUAAGGAGAAAGACGUUCAGAAGUUGCCGAACCAUUUGCAAGAUUUCGUGCGUUUCACGGCGAAGGACAAAGAGCAGGGUUCCGAAGGCUCUGAGACCGUCAUGAUCGCUCCGACGUUCAAGGCGCGAUCUACUUCACCAGCGGUGUGGAGGCCUGGUGCGCCGACGCCGCCGCCUGCUCCCGCGCCCGCGCCGGCGCCGGCCGAGCGGAGCCCCGGAGCUCCUCCGCCGCCACCGCCGCCUCCUAUCUGGUCACCAGGAAGCGCUGGGCCUUCGCCCCAAGGCCCGCGCAAGAACUUCCGCCCCGUACAUUUCGAAGAGACGCCACCCGCCCGCCGUAAAUUUGGUAGUUCAGAACAGAACGGGUGCACGAGCGGAUCUGAAAGCGAGGGUCGCCUGCGCACUUCCCUGAGCGCACCGGCUACUGGACUCCACUCUCUCGGGUCCAAUACCAGACUACCUAGAGCGCAGAAUCCUACCGUGACCUUGCUGCAGAAGGCCAGAGAGGGGCAGAUUCCUCGAGGUGCCAACUACCUGCAGCAAGAGAGAGACGGAGCUCGUCUGCCACGCGACCGACCUUCGCCGCCCAGAGGAGAUCCUGUGCAUGCAUUACGCAAGGAAUACGCGAGCGAAGGAGAGGCCGACCGAAGCGAUUACGAACGUGGCACCCGUAAAAUGGCGGAUGCCCACAGAAAAGUAGAAGGAAUAGGACCCACAACCAAAGAAGGCAUGCCAGUAGCACUUAGAUCUGAGGUGAAAGACCCUUCAAGGUGGUACAAGAAAAUGUACGACACCAUUCACAAAAACAAAUACGACGACGAUUAUGUGACUAUUCGGUACAAAAGUCGCCGAGGUGAACCGCCGAAGAGGGUGACAAGCAAGUCGCAGUAUGCUUACUUCGAUCCUCGUUCAGGCUACCUCAGCGAGCCGGAGGGUGGUCUUAGCAGGCUUGGCUCUAGCACCUGGAGUGAUGCAUACGACAGUGAUGUUACCACAGGACCUAGAAGACGAACUGCCUCCGUUCAGGAGGACAGGAAAACUGACAUUACCUCACCAUACCUGCCUAGUAAUAAGUAUAGUACCUUAGCAUCGGCACGAGCUAGUCAAGAGGUAUACAAAAACCAACCGGGAAGGAUAGAAGACUAUGUGCCUGGAAAAUCAUCUGUAGUAGAUAAAGAAGCUAAACAGUGGUGGGACGAGGUCAUGGACAUUUUUGAUGGGUGGCUAGACGAGAAUUCUCCCCUGCCUCCUUACACCACAUUGCUCGCUCGCGCCAUUCAGAAGAGUCAAAACAUAUCGAGUACCACGUCACUACCGCAAGCGUCGCCAAAGGAGAAGAAAGACAUCACUUCCGCUAUUUUAUCUAAAUCCAACAUGGCAAGAGCGCUAAAAGAGUCAGGCUACGAGUCUGACUCGACACUGGUGUUCAGACGACGCGAGGACACAGAAGCCCCACUAUCCCCGGCGGAGCGACGCGCCGCCUACAGGGACCUACAGGCCGGGGGAGAGCCCCCACUACGAGGGUUCCGGUCCCCUGCCCCACCUAGACAAGACGAAUCGGAAAUUGAAUAUAUUCCGAUAUCAUCUACAUUGACGAAGAUCAGAGUUCACAAGAAAACGCCGAAGUUACACGAGGUCAUCUGCUACCCUGUGACCAGUCUUGAAACCGACGCCCAAAAUAAAUUUAAGAAGCGGAUACCUUCCUUCAGUAACGUAGAUGUACAGAGUAGAGUGGCUGAGUACCCGCCUGCGCCGCCCCGAAGAGUGUCAUCGAAGAAUAGUAGAACUCUGAAACUCGUCACUUCAACAAGACCAGUAUCUACUUCACCUAAACGUUCUACAACCGCAAGUCACUCUAAUGUUGACUUUCUUAGAAAUAAAAUAAGCAAUAAAUUGACUCGACAAAAUACUCAUAUAAUAACAAAAAGGGGAUCUGUCCCAGACACUAAAUCGACCGAACAAAAAAGUAACAUACGGGUCAUGUCAAUAUCAGCGCCGCCUGCAAUUAACAGAAAAAAUCUAUCAUCUCCGAAAUCGACUAUAAAAUCUUCUAAUGAAUCGAAAUCACAGGGAACCAGUAGUUUUGGAUCACCAAGGAGAACAUUAUUGCCCACAGAGUAUAACUCUAUUCGCAGCAAAUAUGGUGAUGAUCAUCAAUCUGUUGUACUGGAAGGUGGAGCUGGUAGGAGAACUCCUAUAUCGAAUAUAUUAGACAAAGUCACAUCUUUAGAUAAAUUAUGGAGUUCUGAAAAGCGAAAUGAACGAAUUGAUUUGGCCAAAGCGAAGUCUAAAUCUGCAGCGAGAACGACUAGUACGCCUUCAUCAAAACUAAACUCUCCUAAACCAUUACCAUUAUCCAAUGUAAAAUCAUCAUCACCUGUAACUACUCAUAAAAGCAGAGAUAUGAUUCGUACCUCCGAAAAAGUUAACAAAAUAAAAAUUUCAAACAUCCAUGCUAAAUCAAAUCCCUGCUUAGCUCCUAAAUUACAAAUUAAAUCAAAACCAAUUGCUCUGCAGUCAUCCUCUAAUAUAUCAAAAUCUUCUUUAAAUAUCCCUACAACAGCAAAGAAACAAAAUAAUAUUAAAACUGCGAUUGUGACAAAUCUGAAGAAAAAAAAAUCAUUGGACAAUGUGAUUUUAAGACCUCGAAGCGUACCCUGCCAUGAAUCGUGUAGUAAAAAGUCAAAGGAUGCAGCCAAAACCAAAAAAGUACCUAAAGUUAAAUCAACCAAAAAGGCUACAAGCAAGUCAUCAAACGAUUCAGAAUGUGGCAGUCAAUUUGGAGACACAUCCAAUGAACCGUCUAACUUUGGAUCUUUUGAAAAUUUACGUAAAAAAGUGCACCUAAAUUCAAAGGAAAUUGAAAGGACUCGAGAUGCUGUUGUGUCUGAUUCUUUCUUUCAGCAUCUGUUUUUAGGCAAUACUAAUAUUCCAACAAUUUCAUGUUCCAUGAUUGAGCCCAAUACAACAGUAAUGCAAAAAGCAAAAAUGUUUCAAUCCUACCCUCAAGAUAAUGUUACACCAAAAUCAAUAAAUUCGUACUUGAUACAUAGAAAACCAGUUUCGUUAUCUCGAUUUAAAAUGUGGGAUAGAUACCCAACUCCAGUGCGAGCACAAAGUCCCCGUUCAGUGUCAUGGCCUGGAAGGACUCAUAAAGAAGUCCGAAAAUUCGAUAGUCUUUUAAAACGCGACGACUUUGGAUCUUCAUCAUCUUUGGCCACGGUCAGAAGUAAAAGUGAACCACCUGUGAAUAAGAUAUACUUCUCACAAACAUCUAGACCCAGGUCUCCAACUGUAAUAUUUCACAAAAGGCGUCAUGAACCACCAAUUGAAAAAGAACCGUCUCCAUCAAGACUGAUCUUUUCGCAAACAAGUCGCCCUGUCUCGCCAAAAGUUACUCACAAAAUCCAGAAAACAAUAAUUCCUUGUAGGAAUAAAUCACAGUCUCCAGCUCGAAUAGUAUUUACUGAAACCGUGCGUCCUAUAUCACCAACUGUAACAAGACGUAAUAUACCCCCACUAGAAGUAAUCGAGAUCAAGACCGAAGAAGAAAAAUAUCCUACUUUAUUUUUUUCGCAAACAUCAAGACCUGUUUCUCCAAAAGUGGUAAAGAAAACUUCAUCUCAAAGUCGAAGUCAAUCGACUUCUCCUGUUUCUGUGAGGUCUCCUUCAUACCGACGUAUUUACAACGUAAAACAAAACAAACACCCUAAAGAUUCUUAUGUGAAGUGUAUUUUACGAACGAGAAGUGCGGGUGAUGCUGAUACAAAGAUUCAUCAAGAUAAUCUUUCCAAAACUAAAAGCGAUUCUAAUUUACGCACACAGGACCCGGAAUACGAAGAAUACAUUCAAGAUAUGCAGAAUUCAAAAAUCAGAUCUGAACGAUUUAGAGAGUUAAACAGAUAUUAUGCAUAUUUAGAAAGAGUUGCAGAAUUAGAAAAAACAACUUCCACUUGCGAUUUACGACAUCGAAGGAAAGAUGAAGAAAUCAUAGAUUUUGAUCGCUGGAAAAAAAUAAGAGCAAUUGAGAGAGCUGAAGAAGAAUUGAAUAAUCUUUAUUACAAACUCAAAAUUGCUCAGAACGAAAAAGACGUUUUAUUUUAUCCACGCGACGUAAAAGAUUUCCGCUGGAAUUAUGAUAAAGACAGAGGUCUUAGAGUUAAAGAAAAAUCUGUCGAGGAUCUGAAAGAUCAUUUUCAACAAAUACCAUAUUAUGAUGUGUUGGAAAUAGAUAAUUUAUCAUCUAAAGACACAUACAAACCACUUUGGAGAGGAACUAGCGUUGCAGAAACAGCGUUCAACAUCAACAGAAAAAAUGAAAGUGAAAAAUAUGACCAACGUGCUCCUGUGAGACCUGUAGUAACGUUACAUCAAGAUUCCUCUUUGAGUGAAUUACGAAGAAAAAUUGGUCUAGGAAAUCGGUUAUGGAGUAGUUUAUCCAUGGAACAAGUGAACGCUUUAAAAAAUCAACUAAAUGCAAUAUAUAGUAAAGAAUUGGAAUCUAAAUCAAACAAAGAAUCUGAAAAUUUUGUAGUGGAUGUAAAACAUGAAGAUAAAGGUGCCAAUAAGCCUGGUUUACACGUAAGAUGCAAUUCAUUAAUAACACCUCCAUACAGUCCUUUGCCUGAAAAAGAUCUUUGUAAAUCAGAAUCAAUAGCUGCUAUUUCUUGCCCUAUAACCUCUGUCAAAGAACUAAAAAAUAACGUAAACAAAAUUCAAAUGAGCCUUAGUGAAAAUGAAAAGAGGAAGAUUUCACAAACGAUUAGCAAAGAAGUGUUAGAUAGAAUUAACAAGUUUGAUUCUGCAGCUCCGCUUACUUUGAAACAAGAAAUAGAAAACAUUCAACUAAAACAAGUUUUCUCGGAAAAUAAAGAUGUUGUUUCGCAGUUUCCAAAAGAACUAACAAUAGAAGUUGAAGCAGAAAGCAAGAAGAAAACCGAUUAUGCAAAAGACGAAAACGAAAGACAUUUGGUUUAUCCCACCCCAGAAAAGGUGGAAAAAACUGAAACUCAAUAUCAAUCUUCUGCUAGUGAAACAGAAACGGCUAGUUCAGAUGUCUCAAAUAAAACAGUCAUUUACAGAGAACCAAAAAAGGAAGUUCAAAAAAAGGUGGAGUAUUUUGAGUCUGUAAAAAACAUGCUUACUCCAUCUAAAACAGUUUACCACGCAAGGGAAGGUUCCGAUGAAAAAGUUAGCCAGGAUCAAACUGCUAAGCCUACUACUACACCUUCUGGAUCCAAUGAAAUAGAUGUCCAAAAAAACCCAAUCAUUCAAUCACAAUCCUGUGCAAAUUUUAAAGAGUUAUUCGGCGAGAGCGAAAGGAAUAAAUUUUUGUCGCUCCCGACUAAACCUGAACUACAUUCAAGAUCGCCUUCGCCGCACUCGGAAGUGUACGUAGCGGAGCGGCGGACGCCUGACACGCUAAGGUACUCCAGUGACGAAACGAUCUGGCGCAGUCGGAGCCCCUCGCCUGACCCGGAGCGAUACUGGCGCGCGUACCUUAACCUGGCGCGUGCGGGAGAGGUUCGCCGCCUUGCACGCAGGUUCGACUCUCCUUCCGCGGCUGGCGCUGUUUUACGUCGCCAUCGCAGCGACCCGGAACUCACUCGCGAUAAAUGGUCUUUUGACGACAGAUUCUAUAUGCGACGAGACAGAUCCAGAAAUGCUCUGCCAGUGGCGCGUAUACCGCUACGUCAAACAAAUCGUUAUAUGCCACAUAUAGACAUUAUAUCGAAACUAGCGACUCUACGUAGACGUACGGCUCCGAGAUCUAGAUCCGCCGAAGAACCUUCAGAAUGUCGCAUCGGGGAAGUGGACCGUAUUCGAAGGAGAUUCGAAGCGAUGUCGAUAUUAGGACAAAUAUAUGCGUCAGCUCCUGACGUCAGUGAACUCCGGGACAUUGCGCCCUAUUUAGCUGGUCCUUGGAUCGCACAUCGCUAUCCGAAAAAAAGCGAUAAUAAUAGGUCUAUAACAGAACCAACUACUCUGAUACGCGGUCGUACUUCUCCUGUAAGAAAAGAAAUUAAAAGAAUGGUUUCAAAAGAACCAGUGAAGUUAAGUUCUAUUUUGAAGAGUGAUGCAUUCGCGAAGCAGGAGUUCGACCCAUCAGUCCACCGGCCUGCGAGCCGCUACGAGCCGCCGCGCGCUCCGCCUCGCCCGCCGCCCGCUUCGUGGCCCUACCGCCUCGCGCCCUUUGUCAUGCCAUCGAGACACACGGUCACAUUCCAAGAGACCGACUCAGCACCGGAACCUCCACGCCGAACGCCACACGGAAGUUUAUCAGAUACAGAAUCUCCCCGGCGCUACGUGGAGAGCGACGUAAACAUCCACUAUCGAUGCCCGGUGCGGCAUGAUCCGCUGCCGCUGGUGCCAGAGCGCGAGCUGGCGCGCCAGCAGGCCGAGCACAUGAAGCGCCUCUACCGGGAGCAGAAACGGAACAAGUACUUGCAGGAGAAUGAUAUCAGUCCCCUCGACAUAGAAGCGUUUGAUGCCUCUAUCAAGGAGCUUCAAGAUAUGCAAAGCAGACGUCAUCAGGAUAACUUCCUCCCGAGUCAGAAGAAUAUUUUGCCGUUGAAUCGGUACGACGAAACGGAGCGAGUGGUUGCUAGGGCGCUGUACGCCUUCAACGGGCAGACUGCGAGAGAACUGAGCUUUAGAAAGGGAGACAUCAUACACGUGAGACGGCAGAUAGACGCUAACUGGUAUGAAGGCGAGCUACAUGGAAGAAUAGGACUAUUCCCUUACAAUUAUAUUGAGAUCGUAAAAGGCGACGCUGCCCAAUCACCAAGGAAGCCGGCAGUGAUAGAAGGUCGCGCUCGAGCCAAGUUCGAUUUUACGGCUCAAACGAACUUGGAACUGCCUCUGAAGAAGGGCGAGCUAGUUGUGCUCACGCGACGCAUCGACCACAACUGGUGGGAGGGCCGACUCGGAAACAAAACUGGCAUCUUCCCCGACUCCUACGUCACUAUACUGCAGGAACCUAGUCAAACAAAACAUGAGGCGGCGGCGGCGGUUGCAGGCGCGGACAAGCCGGCGGCGUCCCCGGCGGCGCACGGGCUGGUGAACGGCGCGGCGCGGCGCUCCCUGGCCGCGCACUCGUACACGCCGCAGCUCAACAGCCCCGCGCUCAGCAACGCGCCGCCCGCCACGCAGCCGCUGCCAGGCUACGUGGCUAAACCAGCGCAGGCUACACUGACACCCUCGGAGCGCGGGUACGGGCCGCCCGCGGCCCCCGGCGUCGACCUCAACAACCGCGAGCCGCUCUACGUCGACACCAACGCCGAGGCUGUGCCGUACCGAGCGAUGUACAAGUACCGGCCACAGAACCCGGACGAGUUGGAGCUGAAUGAAGGCGACACGGUGUACGUGUUAGAGCAGUGCGACGACGGCUGGUACGUCGGCUCGAGCCAGCGCACCGGCCGCUUCGGAACCUUCCCCGGUAACUACGUGGAGCGCAUCUGAUAGCGCGAGUGGUCGCUGCUGCGGCGCCUGCGCCGCGCCGCGCUGUGCGCGCGCCGCCGCCGCGCGCGCUGACCGCGCUGCAUACUGACCUACAUACAUCAUCGCUACUGCCACUUUGCAACAGCUCCUUAUUAAAGUCGAUUUCAGAAAGUCAGUGUCUAGACUAAAUAGCGUUACUUUACCCUCGCGUCUCAAGUAACACAACUGCUGUAUAACACUAUGACAAUCGAUGAAAUUGAUAUUAUAAUCAACUGACAUUAAGAUCAAACUGAAUUGUAUAAAGGAAUUCUCCUUUUAGAUUGAAGUGGAAUGUACUUCAGGCUAGUAUGUAAGCACGGCUGUGGCUGAGUAACCGAACAGUGUUCAUAACACAUAUAUCGUAGGUGGCCUAAACCAAAAUAUUAGUAAUUUGUAAGCGCCAAUAUACAAGUCGACAGACAUAAAAAAUACAAUGCAAUCAAACGUCACGAAGGCCUAUUUAACCUGUAAAUGUAAUACCAAAUUUUUACCAUGACUUUUUUGUAAACUUUUUUUAAGAUAUCUUUGUAAUUAAAUGACAAGUUAAUUCUCUUGACGGUUACACCCCUGACUUGCGAUGUAUUUCAACUAUUACGUAAUAUUCAAUAUUUUCGAAAUUCUUAAGCCAAAGUCUAUUAACAUUUUAACACGCGUCAUGGACUAACAUAACAGUAGUCGGAUAGGUUUCCAGUGGCUGUGGCCUGCUGGGGUCGACGUCCGCUGCUAACAACAAAUCACAAUGUCUACUUUAAUUUAUCCAAAGUUGAUUUAAGAGUCCCAAAGAUAUGUUUAUUGGAUAAUUAUGUUGUUGUAUAAUUGUAAAAAAAAUAAUAAUAAAAAUACUUAUAUACCUGUAAAAUUGUUUAGCAUAUAGUUAUUUAUUUAAAAUGUAGGAGGCUGAGGGCUCAUCUUUUAAAAGUAACAUUUUAAAAGAAUGAAGCUGGCACGUGAAUUACUAAUCCUGACAUACUAACAUUACCCUUCAUUGGAGUUUACAACUAUCACAUAUCGGCAAAAGUCAAACUUUGAAAUUUAUCAAUAGUUAUCAUAAUCAGUAAAAGUUUAGACGUUUUGUGAAUCGGCUCGUUUAUUGAACCUAAUCACUAGUAGGUACCUCAAUGUAUUACCAAGUAUUAGUUACCGGAAUGGCUAUAGACGUGUACACAUCAUAAUACUCAGAACUAUGCAAUGGUUAGUGUAAAUAGGGCGAGUAUAUCUUGGCAACGUGGACAAUACAUGUAGCAUGCUUAAUUUUAAAUUAGGUGUAAUGAUACGAGUGCUAAUUAGUCUGAACAAGUACACGAAACGUGCUUAUUCGUUUUUUAUAACCAAUGUCGUUGUUCGAAAAUGUUUUUUGAAUGUCUAGUCAUGAUUCAGAUUUGGUAAGGGACUAUAGUAUAUCUACAUUGUUAUCUAAAAUUAAUAUUUCUUUACAGUAUUUUCUAUACUAUAUUGAUGUUUUAUACAGUCUUAAACUACGUUGAAUCGUAUCGUAUAUACUAUAAUGGCAUAAACAAGAUGUAUCUGCAGAUUUUGUAAGUGAAUGUUUAUACGCAUAGGUUUUACCAAAGUGUCAUUUCCCUCGCCCUAUGUAUAUGCUUGAUUUGUGUAGUAGGUACGCAAUGCUUUCUUUAUCAUAACCUAAACGUAUCAUAUUGUUGUAUUUUGUUAAUUUAUUUUUAAAAGCACAAAUGUUUUAUUUUGUUGUUGACACCUCAAUGUAUGAUGUAACAUUAACUGCUAUUGUUCAAAAUCAUCACAUCUAAUAAAAUAAUCUUUCUAUUUAUA